AUGAGGCUCUUCACUGCCCUGCUGUCCUUCGGGACCCUUGCGCUUUGUCUGGCCGUCUCUGAGGAAACUGUUAGGUGGUGCACCACAUCACAAGAUGAGGCAGCAAAAUGCUCCAAAUUCCAAGAGAAUAUGGACAGAGUGGGUGGGCCCCCUCUCAGCUGCGUGAACAGGAACUCCGGCCUUCAGUGCAUCAAGGCCAUUGCGGCAAAUCAGGCAGAUGCUACGACUGUUGAUGGUGGUUUGUUGCUUGUGGCAGGCCAGAGCCCCUACAGACUGAAGCCAGUCGUGGCUGAGGUCUAUGGAUCCGAAGCAAACCCACAGACUCAUUAUUAUGCGGUGGCUGUGGUCAAGAAAGGCACUGACUUCCAGCUGAACCAACUCAAAGGCAGAGCGUCCUGUCACACUGGGCUCGGCAGGUCUGCCGGCUGGAACAUCCCUAUCGGGACACUUCGUCCAUACUUGAAGUGGCCAGGGCCACCUACACCCAUUGAAUAUGCUGUGUCCAAGUUCUUCUCGCGGAGCUGCGUUCCCUGUGCAGAUGCCAGACGGUUCCCCAGCCUGUGCAGUCUAUGUGCGGGCGAAGGUGCAAAUAAAUGUGCCUGUUCCACACAGGAGCCAUACUUCGGCUACUCUGGUGCAUUCAGAUGCCUGCAGGAUGGGGCUGGAGAAGUGGCAUUUGUCAGGGACAGCACUGUGUUUGAGAGCCUGCCAAACGAGGCUGACAGGGACCAGUACGAGCUGCUCUGCCCAGACAACACCCGGAGGCCAGUGGACCAGUUCCAGGAGUGCAACCUGGCCCGGGUGCCUUCUCACGCCGUUGUGGCCCGAAGUGCAAAUGGCAAGGCAAACUUGAUCUGGGAGCUUCUCCGCCAGGCACAGGAAAGGUUUGGGAAAGAUAAAUCAUCAGAAUUCCAGCUCUUCGGCUCCCCCUCUCAGAAGAAGGACUUGCUCUUCAAGGACUCCACUCUUGGCUUUUUGAGGAUUCCCUCCGAGAUAGACGCUGGGCUGUACCUUGGCUUUGACUACAUCACAGCUCAAGCGAACUUGAAGGAAAGGAAAACAACCCUGGAUUCCCGGCGUGCCAGGGUGGUGUGGUGUGCGGUGGGCAGUGAGGAGCAGAGCAAGUGUAUCCAGUGGAACCGCCAGAGCAGAGGGAAGGUGACCUGUACUUUGGCCUCCACUGCCCAGGACUGCAUCACCCUUGUCAUGAAAGGAAAAGCCGACGCCAUGAGUUUGGAUGGAGGAUUAAUCUACACGGCGGGCAAGUGUGGCUUGGUGCCUGUCCUGGCGGAGAAGGCCAGAUCCCAAAGAGAUGGUAGCUCUGACUGUGUGAACACACCAGCAGAAGGGUAUCGUGCUGUGGCGGUGGUUAGGAAGGCAGAUGGUGACAUCACCUGGAACACACUGAAAGGGAGGAAGUCCUGCCACACCGGCGUGGGCAGGACCGCGGGCUGGAACAUCCCCAUGGGCCUGAUCGCCAACCAGACAGGCUCCUGCAAGUUUGAUGAAUUCUUCAGUGAAAGCUGUGCUCCCGGAGCUGACCCCUCUUCGAAUCUCUGUGCCCUGUGCAUUGGUGAUGAGAAGGGUCAGAACAAGUGUGUGCCCAGCAGCAAGGAGAGAUUCUUCGGCUACACCGGGGCUUUCAGGUGUUUGGUUGAAGGGAAUGGAGAUGUUGCAUUUGUAAAAGAUGUCACAGUCUUGGAGAACACUGAUGGAAAGAACCCUGAAGCCUGGGCUAAGGAUCUGAAGCUGGAGGACUUUGAGCUGCUGUGUCUCGACGGCACCCGGAAGCCUGUGUCUGAGGCUGAGAGUUGCCACCUCUCUGUGGCCCCAAGUCACGCUGUGAUGUCUCGGAAAGAUAAGGCAGCAUAUGUUGAACAGGUGCUGCUUCAGCAACAGGCAAAGUUUGGAAGAAAUGGAACCGAGUGCCCCCGCAAGUUCUGCAUGUUCCAGUCUCAAACCAAGAACCUUCUGUUCAACGACAACACAGAAUGUCUGGCUAGACUCCAGGGCAAAACAACGUAUGAAAAACACUUAGGAUCAGCAUAUGUGACGGCGGUGGCCAAUCUGAAAAGAUGCGAACCUUCCCCGCUUCUGGAAGCCUGUGCUUUCCUCAGGGCCUAG